AUGGUGUGGUUGCCGGAAGAAGAUGUGUUCUCAUUCUCUUUAACCCUUCGCGAGGACCACAUGCCGCUGUUGGCGGGAGAAAUAGUCCCGACUAAGAGACAAUUAUUGAGCGUGGUUAUGAGUAUAUACGAUCCAAACGGAUUAGUCGCUGCGUUUGUCAUCCACGGAAAGAUAUUAAUUCAGGAUGUGUGGCGAUCAGGUAUUGACUGGAACGACUCGAUACCCGUCGAGCUCUUAUGUCGCUGGAAACGGUGGGUUGCAGUUUUACAGAAGAUAGAGAGCGUCAAGGUCCCACGCUGUUAUUUCAAGAAUCAUCAUCCGGAAAAUUUGAAAAACUUAGAGCUUCAUAUCUUCGUUGACGCUAGUGUAAAAGCGUACUCUGCUGUGUCUUAUUUUCGUAUCGUUGAACAGGAACUCGUUCGGUGUGCACUGGUAGCAUGCAAAACGAAAGUCGCCCCAUUACAACCACUUUCUAUUCCACGUCUCGAGCUUCAAGCAGCUGUCAUUGGAUCUCGUUUGCGUAAAACUAUCACUAAAGGCCACUCUCUCAAAAUUUGGCGAGUCGUAUUUUGGACAGAUUCUAAAACGACCCUCCAAUGGAUUAGAUCAAAGGACCUUCGCCGGUAUCGACCCUAUGUUGCUUUCCGUGUAAACGAAAUUCUAACAUUGUCAAAGACAGUAGAAUGGAGAUAUUGCCCAUCGCGCUUAAACGUUGCAGACGAAGCUACGAAAUGGAUUAAGAAGUUCUACAUGUGCCAUAAGUUUCUGUACCACCAUGAAGAUAAAUGGCCCCAAGACUGCAUUGACAUUGUGGAUAAGGCUGUCGAAGAGACACAGUCAGCGUUUGUGUUUGGUCACUUUAUUAUGAAACCAGUGAUACAUCUAGAACGGUAUUCCAAAUGGGAAAGGUUACUAUGA